UGAGAUAUUAAAAUUAAUUUACUUAAUAAAAUUUAUAUUCUUGAGAAUCUAUUAAAGAAUUUUAAUCACAAGCUGUCAAAUGCAAAUUAUGAAAUGUAGUGGAUUCCAAUUUCCAAAUACAGACUGAAAAGCACGAAUGAAAAUUCCAACUUUACAAGCUCCCGAACGUACCGAUCCCGAUCCCGUUGCCGUUUCAUCGCUGUCACAGCCUCAUCAUCCCGCCCGCUGCACUUAGUAAUCCUCAUCCUACGGGCACACAUCUUCUCUGCUUGCUUCUCCGACAGCACAGAAAAAAUGGCGUUGGCUAGGGUUUCUCUGUCGUUCUACAGCUCUCUAUCAAGAACUCCAUUCUCUCAUUCACUUCCUCGAAAGAAGCUUCUCAAAGUCUCUGCUUCCAUCUCAUUCUCAACCCCAGAUUCUUCUACUUCUCCCAAAGCCCGUCACUGGAAGCCCUUGUGCUUGUAUCACACCCAAGGGAAGUGCACAAAGAUGGAUGAUCCUGUGCAUCUCGAGAAGUUCAAUCACAAUCUUUCAGCAGAGCUUCCACUGAAUGCAACUGAACUCAAAGAUUUGCGCCCUCAGCAUGUAGAUUAUUUUUUGGUGCUUGACUUGGAGGGGAAAGUUGAGAUUCUCGAGUUUCCUGUUGUUAUGAUUGAUGCAAAAACCAUGGAUUUCGUAGAUUCAUUCCACAGGUUUGUGAGGCCUGGAGAAAUGAGCGAGCAACGAAUAAAGGAAUACAUCGAAGGAAAGUAUGGCAAACUGGGUGUUGAUCGUGUGUGGCAUGAUACAGCUAUCCCAUUUAAAGAAAUGCUUCAGGAGUUUGAGAUUUGGAUAACUCAUCAUCGCUUGUGGAAAGAAGAACUGGGAGGAUCUCUUCAUCGAGCAGCAUUCGUAACUUGUGGUAAUUGGGAUUUGAAGACCAAGGUCCCUCAGCAGUGCAGGGUCGCAAGGGUCAAGAUGCCUCCCUACUUCAUGGAGUGGAUCAAUUUGAAAGACGUCUAUCUCAACUUUUACCAGAGGAGGGCAACAGGGAUGAUGACCAUGAUGAAGGAGCUGGGGAUUCCAUUGGUGGGCAGUCAUCAUCUUGGUAUAGACGAUGCUAAAAACAUCUCAAGGGUCCUGCAGCGCAUGCUUGCUGAUGGUGCUGUCCUGCAGAUUACUGCAAGGAGGAAUCUGACAGCUCCUGGCGACGUUGAAUUCCUUUUCAAGAAUCGGAUUCGGUGACUGGGUGAGCCAUGCACAACAGAGGAUUUCUCCAGCUUAUGGAUGUCCAGUUUUGUCAUUUUGAUCAGUCAGUUGAUUGGAAUAGAUCAUCAUCAGCUUAAUGAAGUCUGUUUCGAGACUGCACCCAACCCGCAAUAUAGCUGGUCGUAUGUUUUGUAUGUUAGUAUAAUUGUGCCAUUUUAUGUUCUUUGGCUUGGUAAAUGGCUACAGGUACCUGAUCAAUUGCCAGC